UCAAGAAUGAAAAUUUUAGUUCCCCGCUCAACUCCCUUCUUCUUCCUCGAUGCGUCGCCCCCUCCAAAAAAAAACCCUUUCCCUGCUAUGACAAAAAAUCUUUCCCUGCGUCGUCAAUCGGUUGUUCUGGUGGUUCUGGUUCCUCGUCGGUGGUUCAGGUUCCUCGUCGGUGGUUCUGGUCUCUUUUCUCACCUCCUCUCCACCUGUUCGCUUUCUCGGUCGGUGGUUCCAAGAAAGAAGUUAGCUUGCUCGGCCGGUGGUUCCAAGAAAGAGGUUGCUCGACCGGUGGUUCUCCGUCAAUCUCCUCGCCGCGGCAUGUUGGUUGUAGGUAUGCUCGUGAAGAGACGAGACAUGAUAAUGGAUCACUACUGACUUAGGACUACAACAUAAAGCUGGCGGAUCAAAGAGGACAGAAGGUUAAAUUGGAGUAUGAGUCUGAGCAAAGGAACAACAUAGGUACGAUGAAUGAAAACCAAAUUGUUGUUGGGCAUGAAUCAGAAGGUGGCAAGACUCCCACAACGUUCUAAGUUGGUUCUUUCAAUUUGACUAUUAUUAUACUCAAGCACUGAAGUGGCCUACUCAUAUUUGCACAUUAUGGCUUUCAAUCGACAUGAUUACAUAGAAGAACUCGAAAAGCUUCCCAAAGCUAAUAUGUUUGACUUGUUUCAAAAGAGGUAUCUACGUUCUGUAACGAUAGGAGUUGGAUUGAUAGUUUGCCAACAGUUUGGGGGAAUUAACGGUAUCUGCUUCUAUGUCAGCAAUAUCUUUGAGACGGCUGGAUUUUCUCCAAGCAUUGGUACUUUAAUAUAUGCUUUGCUUCAGACUGAGCUAAUUGAUCCAACAGUAAAAGGAACGCUGAAUAUCCUUAAAUCCUGCGCCAGAAUCCCAACCAUCAAACGCGUAGUUUUCACAUCAUCAAUGGCUGCAGUUCUGCUCACUGGUAGACCUCUAACUGCUGAAACUAUAGUUGAUGAAACAUGGUUUUCUGUCCCAGAAAUCUGCGAGAAACAACAAAUGAAGUGGUAUCUUUUCUCAAAGACAUUGGCUGAAGAAGCUGCAUGGGAUUUUGUUAAAGAACAUGGGCUUGAUAUGGUGUCGAUAAACCUUGCAAUUGUUAUAGGCCCUUUGCUGCAACCAAUAAUCAAUACCAGUUCUUUUGCUGUUUUAAGCUUGGUUAAUGUCACCGUUGGUUUUUUCCAAGGGAAUGAAAAAGGUGGUCAUGCUGACAAAUGACUUGGUUUAUACUCCAAGGAAUACGUCUUAUGCUAGUGAGGAAAUUGAUGUGGUUCGUGAGCAAUGGGUUGCAAGUAUUUAUUAUUGGCCUAAGGGCGCUUGAUCGAGUUAGUUUAGAUGUUAUAGAACAAUAUUCUAUGUUAAAAUGUAUGCGUACGUUGAAAUUGGAACAUACAUAUAUUUAAAUAUAUAUGGUACGUGCACUUUUGUUUUGGGAUA